AUGGCUGCGACGGACCAGUCGUCGAGCUUGAUGGAUAUCGCGAGCACUCUGUCGCAGGACGAUAUCCCGUUCAAGCUGCGAUGCGCGUGCUGCAACAACCUCGCCCUGAACGCGUUCCGCCUGCCGUGCUGCGAUCAAGCCAUUUGCGAGAACUGCCAAACCGCACUGCCCGACACUUGCCCCGUAUGCGCGCACACCCCCAUCUCGCCCGAUCUCUGCAAGCCGAAUAAGGCGCUCCGGACUACACUCAAGGCAUUCCUACGUACCGAGGAGAAGAAGCGUGAGAAGGAACGGCAGUCAGCUGCCGCUGCGGCGGCGACGGCGGCGACCGAAGCGACUGCGGUAGAUUCAGCUCCGGCGCAACAAGCGAACCCUGCACCUUCGACUUCCCAAGAUGGACAGCCAGUUGCGGCGCCUGAACCCGCCCCUACUGCUGGCAUGCCCACAGAACAAACACCGGCCAAUGCGGAAUCUCAGGAGACUGGUACCGAGCAUCCCCCAGCGAAUGCCGACUCUGCUCUGGAGACUGGGCCUCAGGAUGAGCAGAUGAACGCUCCCGCGGAUGGGGCGGAACCCACCGAAACUGCAGAACAAUCCACCAAAGAAGGCGAUGCGGACGGCACUGGCGCCAAUUCCGCCGAACAGGAAAUCGCUCCCGAUGUCAACCAGACCCCCGUACCCCCUCAAAGCGCGGGGCCCAGCAUGUCUAUGGGGAUGGCCCCGAACAUGGCAUGGAACAGCGGAGAGUUCAACCCGAUGCUUCAAUUCAUGGGAAACAACAUGUUUGGCUUCCCAAAUCCUAUGGCAAUGCCCGGCAUGGCGAUGGACCCGAUGGCCGCGAGUCAGGGUAUGUUUGGAGGCUACGGGAUGAACAUGAGUGGCAUGAACAAUGGCAUGAAUAUGGACAUGAGCUACGACGCUGGUCAGGGAAUGUAUGGCGGAUGGGACGGCUCUCAGAACAGUAUGUGGAAUGGAGGCCAAGAUAAAUUCAAUCCAAAUGCUUUCGCAAAUGGUAUGGGUCCGCCGUAUGGGGGCCCUUCUGGGUUUGGCGGCUAUAAUGUGUCUCAAAUGCAGCAGCAGCAGCAACAACAGUUCCCCAACCAAGAGUUCCAGAAUGGCUACUACGGCCCCGGAUAUGGCCGAGGUAACCACCACCGGGGCCAGCACCGCGGCUUCGGUCGAGGCCAGACGCCGUCGGAUUAUCUCCCUAAUACUAACGGGCCAGCUCGUCCGAGCCAUAAUUCACUUAGUGGUCAGGACCAAUCCCCCCAACCUGUAUCUACUGAAGAUCCGGGUACGGCCGAAGCCACAGAUCCCCACGCCGAGACCCCCCAAAAUGGCCCUAAUGCCGCAGCGGAUGCUUCGUCGUCUCACGAGAUGACCGCGCCCGCAGAGAAUGCUGAUGCCAAGUCCGUUUCUGCAGAUGCAGCGGCCGCGGAAGCCGACGAGACCCAGCUGCGCGGGAUCCCCACUAUCGAUAGUCUCGAUCAGGCAAACGCCAUGUCCACCGGCCCCAUGGGCAUGCCGGGGUACAUGGGACCGGGAUUUGACCGAGGAUACAUGCGUGGGCCUUUCCAGGGUGGUCGUGGAGGUGGUUUCGGACGGCCUCCGUUCAUGCAAGGACCGGGCAUGCCUACCGAACCCCGCGGCCAGGGCGUCGUGGGUGCCCCCGCUGCCCCAAGAGCCAUGAGACAAGGGCUUCCGAAUACCAGCGUAUACCGGCAACGGAACCUCCCCGGCCAUGGACGAUCGUCCGCCCCACCUACCAAGCCCGAAGAAGCGUCGCAGAGAGUGACACCAGCAACGCCACAGGAAGAGCCGCGCCCGCGCUCCCGGUCUAGAUCCGAAUCCAAAAACCCAUCCGCGUCCAAACCCCGCAGCCGAUCUCGCUCCCCCAAUGCCUCCCGCGCAGACAGCCGUCGUCGCUACCGACAGCGCACAGCAAGUGUCGACCGCACCGUAGAGGACUCCGAGCGCAGACGCGAGCGACCACGCCGGCCAGACCGCGACAACAAGUACGAUGAUCCACCUGCCAUGGAAGGCAGCCGUCGGACACGCUCUCCAUCCCUUGAAUCCCACCGGUCCUCUCGCCGUCGCGACCGCCGCAACGGCCGUCGAUCGCGCCGCGCGGGCCGUCGUCGCAGCCGCAGCCCCAGCCGCAACCCCGACUUCAACCGCCUCUCCCCUACUAUCGAAGAGAAGGACACAGCAUCUCGCGCUGGUGACACCAACAACGAUACCUCCAGCCGCGGCCCACGUAGUAGCAAAGACAAAGACCGUCCCACCCGACGGGACGAGGAUCGCGAACGAGACCGAGACAUGCGCCGUCGGGACCGGGACCGGGACCGCGAGCGCGACCGCUACCGUGACCGAUAUCGUGACCGGGAACGCGAGCGAGAGAAAGACAGAGACAGGGACAGGGACGUCGACCGCGACCGGCCCCGCGAGCGUGAUCGCGAUCGCGACAGAGACCGCAAACGCUCGCGCCGCGAUCGGUCCGCGUCUCCCGUCGACAGCGACUUUUCCCGCCACCACACUUCCUCCCGUCGUAGCAAACGCGCGCGCGACGAGGGUAGCGACCGUGACCGAGACCGAGAUCGAGACCGCGACCACGAUCGACAACGCUCCACCCGAGAGAAAGACUCCUCAGCGAAACCCUCCCAACAGUCCGAUAAAGACCCGCACACACUCGAGCGCGAAGCACGCAACCGAGAACGCCUGCUCAAGGAGCAGCAGCGCCGCGAAGCCAUGCAAUCUGACAAUCAGUCGGGCAACACUGGUGGUGGUGGACGACGACGCGAGCGGGGCGGUGGCAACCGUCGCAUGAGCUACAAGUAUGAGGACGAGGAAGAUGGCGCUGCUAGGACGGCGCGUGUUGAGAGUGAGAGGGAGGCGGAGAGGUGGUCAUAA